AUGAAGCUGCUCUUCCCAGCCCUUGUGCUGGCCCUGGUUGCCACUGCCCGUGCUGCUGAAGACUCCUGCGAGGGCCGCUGCGAGGACGGCUUCGAUGCGCGGCACAGGUGCCAGUGUGACACCCUCUGCGUGUACUACCAGAGCUGCUGCAGCGACUACUCCACCGUCUGCAAAGCCAAAGUGACCCGGGGAGACGUGUUUGCCUUGCCAGAGGAUGACUACCUCGACUACAACCUCACUGUUGACUUGGGCCCAGUAGUGGGUUCCGAAGCAGCCCCCACAGAGCUGCCCCCACCCCUGUCACCGGUGCAGCCCACGCCGGAGACACCUGACUUGGGCCCUGAGGACACCCUGACAGAGGCGCCCGUGGAGGAAGUGCCCAACACCACUCCGGAUGGGUUAGGGGAGUGGGACACUGUGGAGGAGCCCGAGGAGCUGUGCAGCAGGAAACCUUUUAACGCCUUCACCGACCUGAAGAACGGUUCCCUUUACGCUUUCCGAGGGAAGUACUUCUACGAGCUGGAUGAGAAAAGCGUACGGCCUGGCUACCCCAAGCUCAUCAGCGACGUCUGGGGCAUUGAGGGCCCCAUCGACGCAGCCUUCACACGCAUCAACUGCCAGGGCAAGACUUACCUGUUCAAGGGCAGCCAGUACUGGCGCUUCGAUGAUGGAGCCCUGGACCCCGGGUACCCACGCAACAUCUCCGAGGGCUUCGAAGGCAUCCCGGACAGCGUCGAUGCGGCCUUCGCCCUCCCCGCACACAGCUACAACGGCAACGAGAGAGUCUAUUUCUUCAAGGACAAGUACUACUGGUCCUAUGACUUCACCCACCAGCCCACGCAGGCCGACUGUGAGAAGUCCUCCCCCUCCGUCGUGUUCAACCACUACGCCUUCAUGAACCGUGACAGCUGGGAGGACAUCUUCCAGAUCCUCUUCGGCGGCAGGAAGAGUAAGGGCUGGGCCAGCCGGCGGUACAUCGGCAGGGACUGGCGGGGGGUCCCCAGCCGGCUGGACGCGGCCAUGGCCGGCAGGAUCUACGUGGCCUCCCAGCAGCCCCGCAGGAGGAAGUCUCGUCGCCAGCGCAAGAGGUACAAGAGCCACCGGUCGCUGAAUUUUGGUUUCUGGAGCUGGCUGCAAAACGACUCUGACUCUGCGGGUGUUGAAAGCGACUGGCUGUCGGGCUCCCAGUGUGAGACCCUCCAGAGCGUCUACUUCUUUGUUGGAGGUGAGUCUGGGGCAGCAGGAUCUAGGAGAGAUGUAGUGGACCUGGUGCAGCCCCGCUACCCGCGCUCCAUCGCCCAGUACUGGCUGGACUGCCCACAGCCCGGGGAGGAGAGCACCUGA